CAUCUGCUGUCCCUUCUUGGACAUUCUAUUGUCUCCUAGAGAGUUCUGGCAUCCUCUGUGAUGUCACCAGUGUUGUAGUGACAACCAGUGCCCUAGUUUCUCUCAGUCUGAGUCUGGCGGUUACAAGCUAAGACAUGUUUUCCCGUCUUCGCAAGCGUUUUGGGAGGGGGAACGUCGAUUCUGGAGAGACUAGAGUGAAGGAGUCUGGCCUUUCGUCUCAAAGUAAUGAUGGACAAAGACAGCACUUCUGGGGAAUGUGGAACACUGGGAGAGAAACAUCAUCCCCUGGCACUGAACUAAGCACGAAUCAGGCCAUGAAGGAAAAGGAGAGGCUGAUUGAAGAGCUGCAGCUCAUUACCGAGGAGAGAAAUGACCUGAGAGAUCGCCUGAGGUUUCUGACAGAGAGAUCCAUGAAGAACAUGCCACACUUCAGGCCAAAUCCAUAUUAUGAAGACCUGGAGAGAAUGGAGGAGGCGGUCAUGUCAAUUCUGCACAACUUAGAGAUGGAGAACACUGAGAUCCAUGAGAACAACCAUAAGCUGAAGAAGGAGAUUACCUUCUCUAGAAACCUGCUCAGCCAGCUCCUGAUGGAGAACACAUGCAGGAAGAAGUUGGUCCCACUGAAGCAGGAGAGCAAGGAGGUACAUCUUGAUUGUGCACUGAACCAGAAAUAUUUGGUUGACUUCAACAAGAAAGAUAAAGACCAUCAACGGCCAGAACCAGCAUUAUCAGGUCUCAGAAAGUACAAGAGAGUUGGAAUUGGACACACACCAGGAAGAGAGCUUCCUGAAGAAUAAGUUGCUUUCUCAGGAGUCCCUGAUGACCAACAUCCUGAAUGAAAACAGCACUUGAGAGACAACUUGGGGGACCGCCUUUCAUUAUGUGUGCUAGAGGAGAAACAGCAAUACGUCUGUGCUUCUAAAUGUUCGUUAAGAAUAUGCUUUUAGAAAUAUUUUUGUUAUGAUUUUAAUUGAAGUUUUCUUUUUGUUGUUUCAUAUUUAUAUGUUCUUGUUACUAUUUUUACUUUCAAAUAUUUUUAAAUAUUUUUAUUCAUUUUAAUCCUGUUUUGUUGUUAUAAUGUAUUUGUUAUGAAUAAAUUUGAAUUCUAUCUCUUGA